AUGUCUGCCAAGACGCCCAUUCCCCAGAACGACAAUGUCGCCCAUGCACUGGCUGGCGCCGGCGGCGGUAUCUUGUCCAUGAUCCUGACAUACCCUCUGAUCACCCUCUCCACGCGCGCGCAGGUCGAGUCCAAGAAGGCCGAGAGCAAGUUCAUCUCAGCCGUCCAGAAGAUUGUCGCGCGCGAGGGCGUCUCGGGGCUUUACUCCGGCAUCAACUCGGCGUUGUUCGGUAUCAGCAUUACCAACUUCGUCUACUACUAUUGGUACGAAUGGACCCGCUCAUUCUUCGAGAAGGCGGCCAUCAAGGCCGGUCGCGCCAACAAGAAGCUCACUACGGUUGAGUCCAUGAUUGCCGGCGCAAUCGCUGGAUCGGCUACCGUGAUCCUCACCAACCCCAUCUGGGUCGUCAACACCCGUGUCACCACGCGCAAGCAGGACAAGGAGGGUGAUAUCGAGGCCGGCGAGGAGGCGAAGCCCGCCAAGGCCCCCAGCACCAUCGGCACUCUGAUGGCGCUCCUCAAGAACGAGGGCCCCCAGGCUCUCUUCGCCGGCGUCAUCCCCGCGCUGGUGCUUGUCAUCAACCCCAUUCUGCAGUACACUCUGUUCGAGCAGAUGAAGAACAGGGUUGAGAAGAAACGCAGUGUCACUCCCGGCAUUGCCUUCCUCCUGGGCGCAUUGGGUAAGCUCUUUGCCACGACGGUGACCUACCCCUACAUCACCGUCAAGAGCCAGAUGCAUGUCCAGACCGACCGAAAGGAGGGCAUGUUCAAGGCGCUGAGCCGUGUUGUGCGAGAGGAGGGCUACGCCGGUCUCUACAAGGGCAUUGGUCCCAAGGUCACCCAGAGUGUGCUGACUGCGGCCCUGCUGUUCGCAUUCAAGGAUGCGCUCUAUGAGCAGACUGUUAGACUCCGGAUGGCCGGUGCUCGCAAGAGCCUCGCUGCGUAA